AUGAUUGCUACUUCGUUGAUACCAUAUGUUAUGAUCAAUGCACAAAUCAGUAUUAAGUUUGUUCAGGAAACUAUAAAAGGCAUCCAUCACUAUACUCCUAGUUAUAGAAAAGCGCAAAAAGGGCGUAAGAAAGCUUUUGAGAUGGUGUAUGGUGAUUUUGAAGGUUCUUUUAGGGCAUUGCCUCGAUACAUGGCUGCCCUAGAACAUUUCAAUCCGGGCACUAUUGUUGAGUGGACACACGAGUCAACUACAAUGCAAGGCGAACACAUCUUCAAGUAUCUUUUCUGGGCCUUUAAACCAAGUAUCGAUGGAUUCAAAAGUUGCAGGCCGGUCAUCUCAAUAGAUGGCACCCAUGUCUAUGGUAAGUAUGAGAUGAAAUUGUUGAUUCUUGUUGGCAUUGAUGCAAACGGAAAUAUUUUUCCACUUGCAUAUGCUAUAGUUGCACGUGAGAGCUAUGAGUCAUGGACUUGGUUUCUCAGUUUAUUAUGGAGACAUGUUGUUUGUGAUAGAAAAGGCAUUGGACUAAUUUCUGACCGUCACCAAGGGAUCUUGCAAUGUGUAAUGACACAUGAAUGGUUACAACCACCCACCACACAUCAUAGAUUUUGUGUUCGACAUUUAAAAAGCAACUUUAACAAAAAGUUUCUUAACUCGAUCUUGAGAAGCUAA